AUGAAACUUGAUCAGAACAUAAGCAUACUCAAAAUUGCUAGAGACUUGCUCGUGCUCAUGGGUGUUGCACGGCUCACCAAUGACCUGUCUGAGCCAGGCACAAAUCCACCAAUGCGUGAUGCCCAGACAACGACGGAGACUGGACUAUUCGACUCCAGCGACGAGGAACCUGAACAGACCAACGACUUCCCCCAACUCCCGAGCACUGUGGUAUCAGAAAUUGCAGGUAUACCUCUUUUCAGUGGAACACCAUACACCGAUGUGUUUAGCAAGAUCAACGGACUCGAAAGCACACGUGAGUUCUCUGACGACAUCAGUGCGCUGACAUCAGUUCUUUUGCGGAUUGACGACCAGCAGUUCUUUGAUUUUUGCAUGCAGCAAACAUACUUUCCAGGUUCAACUUCCGAGCUGAAAGAUCUUUUUGAAAAACUGGGUAUUUACAAUAAUUACACUUUCAUCCGUGAUCUAGCUAAGUUAGUUGAAGUACACGAAUCCAGGGAAAGGCAUAGACAAUACUUUGAAAAGAUAAGAGAUUCUUGCCAGUCUUCGCCCUCAGAUAGUCUGGGGCUCCCUAGAUCCAACAAUAUUACUGUUGAGAGUUAUGUAAAAUAUUACAGUAUGCGUGUUAUUACAAUUAAUGAUCUCACUUCUCAGGAAAUAUUGUUUCCUCAAAAUCUAUCUAUUAGCUGGUGGGGUUUUUGGAAAGAUGCAGGCUGGCAUUUGUUUGGAUUCAGUUCGGAAUUACCAUCACGAUUCUUUAGGUUCAUCCACUUGCUUUGCAACUUUUCAAUUAAAUCGAGCAUUCAAAACAAAGAAAGCAAAAUUAACAAUCUAAAGAUUAUUUUUGCUGGCUUGCGCAAUGCUGAUAUGCGUGGAGCAUUGCUUCGACGUGUCAAGUACAUUCAAAAGCUGCGAUGUCUCAGAAUAUUUGGGCUAACGGGCAUAAUUCCCCUGCACUUUCCAAAUCCAGAAAAGAUUCUGGAUAUUAGCAUUCAAAGCUAUGAUUCAAUUGAUCUUAGAGGCGACAACUCGAAUUGGCUACUGAAGCAUCAAAGCUUAGAAAUACUUACUUUAAAUUUUGGAAAUUCAUUACUGAUAGCUGAAGAGUUUACACCACUAAAACAGCUCGAACAUUUAAAACAAUUGAUUAUUGUUUGCGAUAAGGGCAAAGGCAAUUUCAAUACUGCCGGUUGCAUAAUCGUAUCUAACCCAGAAGCACAGCCUCUAGCAGAUGGUGAUCAGAUGAGAUCGUUGACUUUGAAAGAGCUAAAGUGUCUAAAAUACUUAUCUCUGACAACUUGUUCGUUAGAUUUAUUAAACGUACAAGAAGUACCUAGUUUAAGCAGCAUUGAUAUGACAAAAUGCAAGAUAACAUCUUUAGCUUUACAAAAAAUGCCUGGGAGCUGUGAGUUAAGGCUGAACGAAUCUGAAUUUUAUUCAAUAGCCAUACAUAAUGUUACUGGGCCAAUGUCUUUAGUAGUGUCAAAUUCAUCAUUUGACCUGCUAAGUUUGCGCAGUAUAGAUAAUAUGAAAUGUCUGAUUUUAAAGAAAUGCACAUUUAAGUCUAUAAACAUGCAAAAAGAUCAACAUAUUGACAAGUUUUAUAUUUCUAAUUGUGACCUUUCUAAAGACAGUUCAGGAUGGAAGGUCUUAGUAGCCCUAAGGUCUUUGAAAGCCUUGGUUGUUUAUGAUUGUAAGGGUGUUUUGGCGCUUCCAUAUGAAAUUAGCGAGAUGGGUAAUUUGAAAGCGUUGAUACUCGAUUUACGAAACUGUGAAUCAAUUAGUGUUGAAAAAUUCAGUCCAGGAUCUGAGGAGCAUGGAGACGACAUUUCACUAAAUGAAUCAUUUAGGUUUCCUAAAACUUUGAACAGCUGCGAACUUUUCAUAAAAGACGACCACAUUCAGUCUAUUCCAGCCAAAUGGUUUGAAAACUGCGAUCUGUCACAUCUAAGACUGGUUAUAAACGAAGUGGAGUACGAAGUAGCUGAGGAUUGUCAAACUAUACGUAGGAAAUAA